AUAAACGAACAAAUUCUAGUUGUCUCCGCUUAUAACAUUCAUAUCAGAGCUCUCUCUCUCUCUCUGUCUCCCGCAUGCACACAUUUGAGCGCCAAAUAUGGAGGAAAUGGACGAAACCGAAGCCGUGCCUCAGGUUUACAUGGCAUGCAUUCAACAUGGCAAUCGAGUUGGAGUUUCUUAUUAUGAUUCCAGUAUUCGCCAACUUCAUGCGCUGGAAGUUUGGGAAGAUGGUAGCACAGAUUUUCCCUUGAUUGAUCUUGUAAAAUAUCAAGCUAAGCCCCUCAUCAUUUACACAAGCACUAAAAGUGACGAACCCUUUUUGUGUGCUUUACACCGGAGUGAUGGAACAACUGAGGCUCCUACGGUGAAGCUUGUGAAAAGUUCAAUAUUCAGCUAUGAGCAGGCAUGGCACAGAUUGAUAUACCUUCGAGUAACAGGAAUGGAUGAUGGAUUAAACAUCAAGGAGAGGAUCUGUUAUUUGAGUUCUAUGAUGGACAUGGGAAGUGAUGUUCAAGUUCGUGCAAGUGGGGGUCUUCUUGCCAUAUUAGAAAAUGAAAGGAUUGUGGAUACCCUGGAGCAAAACGAACGGGGACAUGCAUCAAUUACAAUUGAUUCUGUGAUAGAGAUCUCGUUAAACAAUUUUCUCAAACUUGAUGCGGCAGCUCAUGAGGCAUUACAGAUUUUCCAGAUAGACAAACAUCCUAGCCAUAUGGGCAUUGGUAGAGCAAAAGAAGGGUUCUCUGUUUUUGGCAUGAUGAAUAAGUGUGUAACGCCAAUGGGUAGACGCCUCUUGAGAAGCUGGUUCCUGAGGCCUAUUCUAGACGUUGAAAAUUUAAACAGGCGUCUCAAUGCUAUAUCAUUCUUUGUUUGCUCUGAAGAUCUGAUGGCUUCUUUGCGAGAAACUUUGAUGUCUGUCAAGGACAUUCCCCACAUACUCAAGAAAUUCAACUCUCCAAGCUCUCUAUGCACCUGUGGCGACUGGAUAGCUUUUCUAAAGAGUGUCUGCUCACUUUUGCAUGUGAACAAAAUAUUUGAAGUAGGGAUUUCUGAAACUCUACGAGAACAUUUGGAGCACUUCAACUUGGACAUUGUUGAGGAGGCUGCUUCAUGCAUUACAACAGAUCUGGCUUAUGUUUAUGAAUUGGUAAUUGGUGUUCUUGAUGUCAAUAGAAGCAAGGAGAAGGGGUAUGGGACGAUAGUGAAAGAGUGUUUCUGUGAUGAGUUGGAUGAGCUGAGGCAAAUAUAUGAGGAAUUACCAGAAUUUCUGGAACAGUUGUCAUCAUUGGAACGUGCACAACUUCGUCAUCUAUGUAAAGACAAGCUUGAUCCUUGUAUUGUUUAUAUAAACCAAAUAGGAUACUUGAUGUGCUUUUUUGAAGAAAAACUUGAUGAAAACACACUAGAGCAGCUUCAAGAUUUUGAGUUUGCAUUCUCUGACCUGGAUGGGGAGACAAAACGAUUCUUUUAUCGUACUCCAAAGACACGAGAAUUGGACGACCUGCUUGGAGAUAUCUAUCAUAAAAUCCUAGAUAUGGAGAGGGCGAUUACUAGAGAUUUAGUGUCACAUAUACUUCUGUUUUCAACGCAUUUGCUUAAGGCUAUCAAUUUUACAGCUGAACUUGAUUGCUUUUUGUCAUUGGCACUUGUUGCUCGUCAGAACAAUUAUGUGAGGCCUACUUUGACAUUAGAAAACUUGCUUGAUAUACAAAAUGGAAGACAUCUUUUGCAGGAAAUGACAGUAGACACAUUUAUUCCCAAUGAUACAAAGAUUCUUGAUAAUGGAAGAAUUCAUAUCAUCACUGGUCCUAAUUAUUCGGGGAAAAGUAUCUAUAUAAAGCAGGUAGCUUUAAUUGUUUUUCUUUCCCACAUUGGAAGUUUUGUUCCGGCAGAUGCUGCAACUGUGGGUUUGACUGAUAGGAUAUUCUGCGCAACGGGAAGCAAACUGAUGACUGCUGAACAAUCAACAUUUAUGAUUGAUCUACAUCAAGUAGGGAUGAUGCUAAGGCAAGCAACUUCACGGUCUUUGUGUCUAUUGGAUGAAUUUGGUAAAGGUACUCUUACAGAAGAUGGCAUUGGUCUGCUAGGUGGAACCACAAAUCACUUUGUCACUUGUGAUGACCCCCCGAAGGUUCUGGUGUGCACUCAUUUCACGGAAUUAUUUGAUAAGAGUUGCCUACUGGAGUCUGAGAUGAUCAAAUUUUACACCAUGAGUGUGUUGGAGCCUGACAACAGUUCUACUAAUAUUGACGACAUUGUAUUUUUAUAUCGACUUGUUCCUGGACAUGCACUUCUUAGCUAUGGGCUGCAUUGUGCGCUACUUGCUGGUGUCCCUGAAGAAGUCAUAAAGAGAGCAGCAUUUGUAUUGGAUGCUAUCGGAAAUAAUGAACGUGUUGAGCGAUUGUGCAAUGAGAAUAUAUCAUCUCGAGAUCAGCAAUACAAGGAUGCAGUGGAUAAGAUGUUGGCCUUUGAUGUUUCCAAUGGAGACCUCAACCUUUUCUUUCAGGAUAUAUUUCCAUCUUAGUCUUGGAGACAUUGAAGGAAAUUUUCGGGUUAAGGUUACAUAUCACAUACCAAAUCUAGACAUCUGGACAAACAUCCGGUCUCAGCUGUCAAUGGUAAACAUCACUAUGCUAUGGCUGAAAUAGAUCAUCAUUGUGGUUUUUCUUUUCUGGCUGUGACAGAUAUUGCAAAUGAUUUAGAUUAGUGAAAAUAGAUAAGAGGAAGAGAGAGCUGUGCAUAACGACAUCUCGGUGACGAAUUUUGUAAUUGCUUUUUGAUGAUUUUGUUGGCA